UGGUGUUGUGGGGAAGGGACGAUGGCACAGCGUGGUACGCCACACCGGGGCUCGGCGGGGAGGCCGUCGGAGACGGCAGCGCUGAAGGAGGCAGAGGCUGCCUUGGAACAGCAUCAGCAGCUGAUUGCAGGAAAAGCCCAUAAAGAAGGUGGAUCUGCACGAAUGUCACUUCUCAUAUUAGUGUGCAUCUUCUUAAUAGCUGCCUCUGUUAUGUUUCUGGUAUAUCAAAACUUCCCACAGCUUAGUGAAGAGGAGAGACAAUGUAUAAAGGUUCCUAGAGACAUGGAUGAUGCCAAAGCCUUAGGAACAGUUCUCUCUAAAUACAAGGAUAACUUCUAUGUUCAAGUAUUAGUGGCCUAUUUUGCUACCUAUGUAUUCCUGCAAACAUUUGCUAUCCCUGGAUCAAUAUUCCUGAGUAUACUUUCAGGAUUUCUCUACCCCUUCCCACUAGCUCUGUUUCUUGUUUGUUUGUGCUCUGGACUCGGGGCUUCUUUCUGUUAUAUGCUGUCCUAUUUAGUUGGAAGGCCAGUUGUGUAUAGAUAUUUAACAGAGAAAGCAGUGAAAUGGUCAAAGCAGGUUGAACGACACAGAGAACACCUCAUUAACUACAUAAUAUUUUUGAGAAUAACUCCUUUCCUUCCUAAUUGGUUUAUCAAUAUAACCUCUCCUGUAAUAAAUGUCCCAUUGAAAGUAUUUUUCAUUGGUACUUUUCUAGGUGUCGCACCACCAUCGUUUGUAGCAAUUAAAGCAGGUACAACACUUUAUCAGCUUACAACAGCUGGUGAAGCAGUUUCCUGGAACUCUGUUUUUAUUCUUAUGAUUCUAGCUAUUCUCUCCAUUCUGCCUGCUGUUUUCCAGAAGAAACUUAAACAAAAGUUUGAAUAAGGGUCAGCCUGGAUCUUCACUUCCCAUAUUUCAUCUCAGGAUUAGCACUAUUUCUAUGAUCACUUUUCUAUUGAAUCUAUUCAAUCUAUUCAAUUCAGAAGGAGAGAAUUGUAAGAGAUAAAAAUGAUACUGGACUUCUUGCUCAGUUUUAUUUAUAGGGCACAAAGGUAAAAUAACUACAGCGGGAAUAAAGUUAAGGUGAAUCAUAGCUUCUUUUUUGAAUGAAAAGCAUUGUUAAUUUUAACUAAUCUGUAAUAUUUAAUUUGAACUGUUAUAUGUAUGCCUUAUCAGAUUUUGUUUGUGAUGGCUUAAUGUGAAUAAUUCAUUCCUUUUUCACUCUCAUCUUUUCACUAUUGUUUAUAAUCCCUAAAUAAUAAUGAACUGAACAGCAGAUUUUACAUCCCAGUGGAGUAAUGGACUGCAUCGUAUCUUUGUUAAUGAGCUCCUUGUUAGCGAGCAGGGACAGGUGCUUUGACCAUUGUUUCAGAAGUCCCUGGGUUUCAUUUUGUGUUAUGCCAACUGGAAAAGCUGAAACGUAUUGUGUGACUUUCUAUUUAUGGAUGUCAUAUUAAUGUCUUUACUUGGGAGGGGGCUGAUCAGGCUUUAUCAUGGCAUGUAAAAAUGCUAGAGUUUUGACUUUGCUUUUUUUUUUUUUGGCCAGUAUUUCACAUACAUUAUUAUUAUUAUUAUUAUUUAUUUAUAUAGCACCAUCAAUGUACAUGGUGCUGUACAGAUAACACAGUAAAAAGCAUCAGAAUGUAUUUAUAAAUGUACAUUGAAGUGCAGAAAGAUGGGAGUUGCUUUUUUUAAAAAGUUGGCAACCGCAACUGGUAAUUCUUUAAAAAAUCAUUUAAGGUUAAUUACAUAUGUAGUGUUUGGGUUUUUAUUUAUACAAUACGGCCGUGUAAAAUGUGAAUUCAUUGCCUCUGAUCCAAAGAUUUAGGGGUGCUCCAAUUGCCCACAAGUUGCCCAUUCAAGCACAAACUCAUUCAUUUUCAUACCUUUGCAGUUGAAACGAAUGAGAAGUGCCUAAGCAUAAGGAAGCUCUGUGUCUGCACAGCAGAGGAAGCAUGCAUGCAUACAUCCACUGGGUCAGGGUUAUCAUGUACAAACUGUACAUCUUGUAAAUAGUUCUUAGUACUAGGGAGAUGUGUCCUUCUUCUGAUGGAUGGUUAACUGGUAAUUGACUCCAAAGCUAAAAUUCAUUUUCAGAAGUCCUCUGUUAGGGUUUUACACCCCAAGGGUAAUGAUACCUUUCUUGAAUAACUGUUAUUGUUGCCUAGGAGUAUUUUCCCCCUAUUUGUGCGUUUCAUUAUACUGUUCCAGUUCAGAACGCCUCUCAAGCAUGUGCCUGUCUCUAGUCCUGAUUAUUCUGUAUGGUUAUUAUUUUUUUGUGUUAGAUAUAUGCAGUAAACUCAACAGCCAGUCCAGCAAUUUUAUAGUUAUAAGCAAGGCCAGAUUACUUGUCAGCCUCUUGUGUCCCUCUUUCAAUCAUGGCCAGCAUGCAAAGCCUAAUGUGCAGGUAGUUGUGCACAAUCUACCAGCUGGUCUGAAGAACUACCAUAUAGUACCUGUUCCAUCCCCAUACAUGUUUAUGCACUCCUUUUCUUCCCUAAAUGGCAUUCCCUUGCUACAUGGUCUACAACCCAUCUAAGGUGCACAGUGUCCUUGCAUUUGGAAUCAAAAGUCCUCUGCUGUUUCUCUUCAGCAGAUGAGCUUUAAUUCUAAGCUGUAGAACAUUACAGGUUUCUGCUGUGCUGUUUUGAGGAAUGGGGAGUAGUGCACAUGGGUGAAAGCCAGUGGAUAAUGGGUUCAGUAGUAAAAGAUUCUGAGGUCUAUAGUAUGGUUGGCAAGCAAUCAGAUCUACAAGAGAUAAUAUUAGCAUGUUUAGAAUACAGCAAUGAUGGUUCACUUAAAAAAAAAUACUAGGCACAAUCCAGAAGAAGUUACUUGUAACCAAAUCCAAUUGAAAGCAGUGGAAUGGAGCUUUAGUCAUGCCUAACUUGGAUUGUGUCCAUAGUCUGCUUUAAACACAGCGGUAAAAGGGAAGAGUGCCCUUACGGGAUCGAUGUUGUUGGGGAUUCUGUGGCUGAAGUUGCACUGCACUUAAUGCUUAACUAAACUGGGUUACAACUUAACAAUAAAAAGUCCUAAUAUGUUUUUGCAACCUUAUUAUGAUGUAACUCUGUCCUACUUCACUUCUUUUGAAUGGAAUUCUUGAAAUAUAGGAGUAUGGGGAAAUAUUGAAGGAUACUGGUACCUGCAACUUUAUUCUUUUGUAACAUAAUGUGGAUUGUCAUUUUAUUGCAGUAUUAUUUGUAAAUGCACAGGAAAAACAUUAAUAAGCUUCGUCAUCUGUAUUCCACAUACGCGGUUUUCAUUGCCUCCUUACUAUUUUUUAUGUUGUGAGUUAAAUUAUAAUAAAACCACAUAGGGACAUAACCAAAUGUUUAACUAGGUAGAAUUUUAUACCUUUUAGAUCUAUUCACAGAGGUUGGGUUCAGAAAUGUUUCAAAAUACAUCUGUAACAACUACUGCCAGUGGUAUGAUGCUGAACCCUUUGAGUUUUGUCAUAUCUUUCCUGAUUUGUGUCAACAUAGAAUUAAUCUUCCAUUCUGUCUUCGCUGUUCUGGAUAAAGUAUAUCUUGAUUUGAUCUGAUCAAGUUUUUAAAUAUCUCUUUGCACUGCAUAACAGCCUUAGAGUUUACAGAGCUGUAUGGUUUUAAUCCUAUUUAAUAAACUGAAAAUGGAAUCAUUUUGGUUAUGCAGUUGGCUCAGCAAACACAAUAGCUUUUCUUAGGGAAGCAGUCAUUUUAAAAAUAGCUAUCCUAAGAUUUUCAGCUGUUGUAAAAUUUUGAGCUGUUAACAUUGUCUGGAGUUGUAUGACUCUGAAAACAUGACUACAUGUCUCUUGCAUUUGACAAUAAAACAAUUUCAUAAAUGUUAA